GCUUUCUCACUUUUUCACACUAUAUAUGCGUGCAUACGUGUGAUCAGGGAUUACUUGGUUCCGUGGCGUCUUUACUGUGGCGCCAAGCCAAAGUAAGGAGAGAGCACAGGCCAGACAGAAUUUACAAUAAAUUCUAACAGCAUGUAGUCUGACAUUUAUCUAAGAUUUGGUUUAUAAAUAUGUUAUUUACGGUUGCCAUGGUAAAUCAGUGUUUAGGGACUAUUUAUGAUGGCUUUUUACGCGAUCGUCAGCGCACCUUAGGGCUAAGAUCAUAGAUCGCAUGUAUAACACUUUUUGGCUCAGAUUCGCAGAGCUAACUGGUUCUGGGCUUCCUGGAAUAUACCGGAAGUAGCAGUGCUUGUUGGUGACCAGGCCGCCGCAGGUUUCCUCUCCCUUCGCCGCGGAGGCGUAUCUUCCUUCUCCCACACGACGAUGCAGCUCAUGGACCGUCACGUCGAACACGCCGCAUCUCAACCCUCAGCUCAGCAUGGUUGACAGAACAGAGCCAGCAGCAGCAUGCCGUUUGACGUGGAGUACAGCCCUGUGGGAGACGGGCUGGGCAUGCGGGACUUCUGGCUCUACGUCUGGCUUCGCAGAGCUGCUCUGAUCGCAGCUCAUGUCGUGGGUCUGGGCCUUACUCUCAUCAUCUCUGUGCUGUCCAGACCCGGAACCAGUCUGUUUUCUUGGCAUCCCCUGUGCAUGUCUGUUGCAUACUGCUUGUGCAUGACUGAAGGAAUCCUCCUCUUCUCUGCCGAGGGAACCAUCUUCUGUUUCAAGUCUCGGAAAAAUAAAGUCCGUUUCCACUGGUUGUGCCAGGCUCUGGUCCUGAUAGCUGCAGCAGUCGGGCUUGGUUUCAUACUGGCCAGCAAGACGGUGUCUGAGCUUCCCCACCUGGUGUCCUGGCACAGUCUACUGGGUUUCAGCACCCUCACUGCCUCUCUGCUUCAAGCAGCCUGCGGCAUCUGUGUGAUUUUCCACAAGCAGCUUCGGCUAUCCCCCUCCCCGGCCCGACUUAAGCUGUACCAUGCCACCUGUGGCCUGGUGGUCUACCUGCUGGCCACAGUGACGGUCAUCUUGGCCAUGUUCUCAGACUGGUUUCAGGCAACAGUGAAGGGGAUAGGAUGGUGGGUUUUUGCCAUGCUGCCUCUCUCCCCUGCCACGGUGGUGAUGAAUCAAAUCACCAAUGCUUACCUGCUACGCAAUAAAAUGACCAGCUAGACUGGAGGCAGACAUCAUUCAGUGUCUGUGUUGGACUUUACUUGGAGGUUGAGAAUCAGAUGAAUGAAUUGUCUGAACAGUUUUUAAAACAUUUUGAAUUUAAAACGUGUUGAGGUUACAGUUUUCAAAACUUUUGACAGAAACUGUUUCAGACUUCAGGUUUCUCCAAAAUGUUCCUCUAUCGCUUUAAGUCCACACAGACAAACAGCAAACAUUUGCUGGUGAGUGGGGGAAGUGCAGCAUGGCGCUCUACAGUUGUCUUUACUUUAGCAUCAUAUUUAAGUCUUGCGGAUGAAGGUGGAGACCUGAAUGUCUUUUUGCACUACUUUAGCAGUGAAAGCCAACCUAGGUUGGUGAAUGAUGCAGCCGCUUUUAGCACAGGACACGUUUCCCUGUGGAACAGUGAAUUAAAUGUAUCUUUAUGGUAAAGACUGUAAAGCAUUUCCUCUGUAUGUGCAUGAGCUGCAGCGAUGAAGGAAUGUGGAUGGUUGGUAAAAUAAUUUGAACUGGACUGCAUAGUAUUUUAACCAGGAUCGAACUGGAAUGUAUGUACUUGAAUCCAUAUGAUUGGAGUUAUUAGAUUAUUGAUCUAUAUCAAUUGGAUCAGUUUUACUUGUAAAGUGCCUUGAACUUACAUUUGUUGUGAAUUGACACUAUAGAAAUGAACUGAAUUGAAUGUAGACCAACUAUAAAUGCUUCAGGAGAACCUAAUGCACUCAGAUUAACCUCAGAUGAAUUCACCACCAGUUUUCCAUAUAGAAAUAUGAAAAAGUAAAUGCUCCUUUGAAUUAAUUUAUUUCACCACAUCUUAAAGAAAAAUCUCAAUUCUGUUUAUUAGUUUGUUGUGCUUGGCUCAGGUCAUUUUUCUUUGUCUCCUCGUUUUUAUUCUGCUGUAAAGCACUUUGUUGCCUUUUGAGUGAAAGGUGAUGUGCAGAUAAAGUGACCAUCACUGGUUGAGUUUUAAGAAAUGGAAUAUUAGAAAGUUUUCUGUGCUUGUUUUUGUUAUUUUGUGUCUGCUUUAUUUGCAACAGUUAAAGCAAUAAAUGUACAUAUAAGAAAAGA